AUGGAGAGAGACGGUGAAGGCUUUUGCUGGAACGGCAUGGCCAGCUGGAUAGGUAUGAAUCUCGCAACAGCUUUUUUCUCAUCUCUGGAGCGGUGCUCUUGCAUCAAUCUUUCAACCACCGAUGAUCCUGACGAUGCUCUUCUCGUUCUCCCUUCCGAUUCGCACCGAUUCACCGAUGGAUCUUCACAUCCGACCUCUCCUCCUCCUCCGCCUUCCAAUGUUACUAACGCCGACGCCGACGCCGACGCCGUUUGA